AUGAAGUUCACCGGAGCCCUUGCCUAUGCCAUUUUUGCCGCCUCUGCCUCCCUCACGGUGGCCCAUUCUCCUGCCGAGGAGGGCAACGUGGGUGUCGCGGCCCGAGACGUUGGCGUUGGCUUUGACUCGCUCCCCAACGUGGUUGCCCGUGCUCCCAUGCGCUUCGAGCGAAGGGCCUCUCAGCCGCAGAAGAAGAAGAAGAAAAACGGCGCUGCGAACAAGAAGGCUGCGAACAACGGCGCUGCGAACAAGAAGGCUGCGAACAACGGCGCUGCGAACAAGAAGGCUGCGAACAACGGCGCUGCGAACAAGAAGGCUGCGAACAACGGCGCUGCGAACAAGAAGGCUGCGAACAACGGCGCUGCGAACAAGAAGGCUGCGAACAACGGCGCUGCGAACAAGAAGGCUGCGAACAACGGCGCUGCGAACAAGAAGGAUGCGAACAACGGCGCUGCGAACAAGAAGGAUGCGAACAACGGCGCUGCGAACAAGAAGGAUGCGAACAAGAAGGAUGAGAACAACGUCGCGGAACAGGCGAAGUUGGAUGCCAACAACCCAGCCCUGCAGGCCCAAGAGGCCAAGGCCAAGGCAGCAGGAGCCAAGAGAGACGUCGGCGUGCUCGAGGAGCGCCACCCGUAUGCCAUCUUCGAGGACUCGGGCGCAGGCAACUAA